GCGCUAAAAAGGAAUGCAGUAAAAAAAGGCAAUCAUUAAAAUACGAAAAUAGAAGUAGCACACAAAGAAGAGGAAGCAGACAAGCAUAAUUAUGUGUACGAAAAGGUAAAAAACAAGUUGAAAAAUGAAAAAACAGAACGCUGUGCAUUGAAAAUAAAACGCUCGAGUGCUUCACACAUACUUCCACAGCUAAGUACACAAAAGCACUUGGCACACACACACACACACACGCGCGACGCACUCAACGUCGCAAUCUAGUGAUUUUAUAGUCCUCCGCAAGGACGUCGGCGACGGCACAAACGCAGUCUUUGUCAGUCGUUCACACGGUCCGCGCGCGGGACGGCCUGCGUUGCUGUUGCCACUAACUUAAACGUCUGUAAAAUGCUGCAUCAAUUGCAAGCGCAGCUACAAAAUGCUACUGAAAAAAUAUGUCAAAAAUCGACGAAAGUUGAAAAUACUCUUUCUGCUCAUGGUCAUAGCGCUGAUUGUGAUUACUGUGGUCAUAUUGAACAUCUCGCCGAAUGUGAGCUCCACUGAACGCGUGCUCGACGAACGCUUCAUAGCGCGCAUCUAUGGCGGUGGCGGCGGUGCUGUCGGCGGUGUGGGCAGUCAAGACGGCCGCUUGGAGCAGCCACCAUUGAAAUCGCCGCGCCAAAAUGGUGUUAUUGUGCCCGAGAAGUAUGACGAGCAUAAGGUGAAGGCGCGCAUAGCACAGGAGCGUGUGCAGCAGCUGCGCCAAGAACAGCAGCGUAAUGCCAUCGAUGCGGGUGAGGAACGCACCAAGCUGGAUGCCGUCACGACGGGUGUGCAUAUCUUCUACAGCGCGCCUGUCGCCUGGUAUAAGACAAAGAAGCCGCAGCUGGUCUCACCACAGUUACAGCUGCGUGGCGCCGCCAAAGAGUUGCUGAACGAUGUUUCCGACGCCGUCCAAUCAUCAGCAUUAUCAUCACCAACUUCAGGUGUAACAUCGCCAACAACUACGACCACGACGGUGAAGCCAGUGCGUAUACUUAACACCGCAUUCUAUCCGGCUUUGGGUUUGUACAAGCCCACAACCAGUUUGCUGCAAAAGCAUUUCGAUAACAUACACAAUUGCGGCAUUGGUGUGCUCAUACUCAGCUGUAGCGGCAAAGCGGGCGAGGUGGAACUCUAUCGUCAGCUGUUGGAACUGGCGCCCAGCUAUAAUUUGAGCAUUACCUUUGAGAUCAGUGUGGCGGGCAAUCAGAGCGUGGAGUUUUUGCAGCAGCAAUUGGAGGCGGUGCGUCGUUACGCCACCGCCGAGAGUUUCUAUCGUGUUUAUUCGUUGACGCGUAAGCGCUUGGUGCCAGUGAUUUAUGUAAGCAACGCUUAUAAGUUGAGUGAAACGCCCGCAGGUCGUGCUUUGUGUCAAACGCAUCCGGAGACGUUGAGGCGCAUUUUCGAUGCCUACUUUAUUGGACAUAUUCGCCUCAAAAACCAUGUGGAUAUCAUGCGACGACUCUGCUUCGAAGGCUUCUACAAUAAAUUACCAAGUAAUGGCGCCACAUUUGCGAGCACCUGGAAGAAUUGGUCAUAUUUAAAAUCCUUCGCUUUAACAUACAAAAUGUUAUUUGUGCCAACAGUUGGACCAGGUUUCGCGGAACGCAAUAAAUUCCCACGACACGGUGAUAUACAAAGGCAUCGCAGCAAUGGCAGGUAUUAUGGCGUCGCUUGGCGCACAGCCAUACUCAACCACGUGGGUUUCAUUAACAUCGCCAGCUACAAUAACUGGCCGGAUGGCAGUCAAAUCGAGGAGGUCAUACCGAAAGCAGGAUUUCUAGACUACAAUCCUGGGGCGAAAACUAAGUAUAUCGAUUUGACGACACAUUGGGUGGGUAAUUUCUUAAAGACGCGUCAUGAGGCGGCCGCUGUUGCUGUUCUCGGUCAGCCAAGUUGUUAUGAAUUCUUGAAUAAUACAAUUUGUUGAAUGCCAGUUGGAUAAAAAAAAAAUCGGAAAGAGGACAAAAUAUAUAUAAAAAAAG